CCAUGGGUGGCGCACUGCCUCCCUCCAUCCACCGCCAAGAACCAACAAGCCCUUCCUUCCUUCCUUCCUUCCUUCCUUCACUGUGUUUGUGCUAGCUAGCACCUGACGCCACCACGACCAUCGCAAGCGCGACUCCUGCGUGCUUGCUUGCUUGCUAGUAAGAAGUUCAGCACCACCUACCCAGGUAGCUAGCUGGUGAGAGGACAAACAGAGAGAGAGAGAGAGAGAGAUGAGGCAGUCGAGGUUCAAGAGGAUCUGCGUCUUCUGUGGCAGUAGCCAGGGCAAGAAGAGGAGCUACCAUGACGCCGCCAUUGAGCUCGGCAACGAGCUGGUUGCGAGGGGCGUGGACCUGGUGUACGGCGGGGGAAGCAUCGGGCUCAUGGGGAUGGUGUCCCAGGCCGUGCACGACGGCGGCAGGCACGUCAUUGGUGUCAUUCCCAAGACCCUCAUGACCCCAGAGAUAAGCGGUGAGACAGUGGGGGAGGUGAGGGCAGUGGCAGACAUGCACCAGAGGAAGGCAGAGAUGGCAAGGCACUCUGACGCCUUCAUAGCCCUUCCUGGAGGCUAUGGUACACUGGAGGAGCUGCUCGAAGUGAUUACAUGGGCGCAGCUUGGCAUCCAUCACAAGCCAGUUGGGCUGCUGAACGUGGACGGGUACUACAACUCGCUGCUGACUUUCAUCGACAAGGCGGUGGAGGAAGGGUUCAUUAACACCAGCGCGCGCCGCAUCAUCGUGCUCGCCCCCACCGCGGAGGAGCUCAUGGAGAAGCUCGAGGAUUAUGUGCCUUACCACGACAGGGUGGCGUCGAACCUCAACUGGGAGAUAGAGGCCGAGAUAGAGCACUUAGGGUACUGACCAAGACGUUGUGGCUGCAGCCAAGGGCGAGCCCGGCCGCGGUUGCCAUGUGUUUAACUCUGAUGAUUUGGAGUGAUGGAUUGAUGAAGGGGUUUCCGUUGUUUGACUCUUGUUGUUGUACUACUAGCAAAUUAUGCGAGCGUGCGUGCGUUUUGUAUAUGUUGUGCUUUCAUCGGGGACGGCUUAAGGAUAUUGUAAAACCUGAUCGGUUUCAAGCUCCCUCUGUCCAUCUCUACCUACUUAAUUAGUACUACUGCUGCUGCUGGUAUCAAUCAAUAUAUAAUGUUAGUUUUUCAA